AUGUCUGCGCGUUAUUUAAAGUGCAUCCAAGGUAGACUGGUUGAGGAGUUCUGCCCAGAGACCAGCAUUUGCGUUGGGUCCAAGGGCACGACGAUUUUCUGCGCGGUCGACUUUUCACAAAGUUCGUUGGAUGCGCCGCCGAGUAGCUCACAAAGUAACUUGACAACCGCAGGUGUGAAUUCAGCUGUGGCUGCAAAUACGAGUAGCGCUGGCUCCAGGGCUGACAUACCUGUAGCCGAAAUUACAACUGGAAUUGUUCCCGUGACUGCCACAGCAAUUUCCAACCAGCAUAUCCCGCUCCAGCAAACAUCCGCCAUGUCACAAUUUUUUGCAGCUCGUAGCACUGGUGGAAGUUCUGCUCGCGCAAACCCCAUACCCUCACCAGUUUACUUGCCGGCGUCGUUCUCCGGCUCUCAGUGGACUACAUACAUGGCGCCACAACAGCAUACACCUAUGCCUUCUUUACAACAUCAACAACAGAAGCCACCACUGCCGUUGUCGUCAUCGCCACUACUACCAACACUAACAAAUCAUUCACAGCAGCAUACCCCUGCAUAUCCAUUGCAACCCACAGCAAUGCCCAGUCAGCAGCUGCCUCAUGUCUCGCCCAUGUACCAGCCGCGCCCAAAUCUACCACUCCACCAGCGCUAUCCUACAAUCACCAGCAACUUCUUGCAGUGA